CGCCAAAACCCAUGGAAAUGCAAACAAACAAUUUUACCGCAUGAUUCCAUGAACCAUCAGUUAAAGUUUGAUGAAUUCAAUCCCUAAAAACUUCUCGUCCCUCACAGAUUAUCUGAGCCACAAGUUAUUUAGCGGAAGGAAUCCCCUAGCUAUUCAUCAAUUGAAGCAAAUUCAUGCCCAAAUCCUUAAAAAUGGAUUACUCAACUCGGCAGAUCUCCUUACCGAUUUUCUGCUCUCCUGUUACCAUAACCAACACCCGGAUUAUGCUAAACAGUUGCUACCCACUUUACCGAGACCCAAUCCAUUUUUAUGGAAUUCAAUGAUCUGGGUUUCAUUAGAAUCCAAAAGUAUUGGAAAUUUCCUUGAUUUUUAUCAUGGGCUGCGGUCUUUUAAGUUAGUUCCUGAUACGCGUACGUUCUCUUUUAUUAUUCGUUCUUGCACUGGUUUUGGAGCCGUCCAGUUGGGGAAAGCUCUUCAUUGUCAUAUGUUCAUGUUGGGGUUCGAGGAAGACGCGAUUUUGCAAACUGGGUUGCUAGAUUUUUACGCGAAGGCUGGGGAUGUGAAUUCCGCAGAGCAUGUAUUUGAAGAAAUGCCUGACAGAGAUAUUGUGGCUGGCAAUGCCAUGAUAGCGGCUCAUAUUAAGAAUGGGCGCGUUCUUGAUGCUAAGGAACUGUUUGAUAGAAUGUCGGAGAAGAACGUUUGUUCUUGGAACUCUAUGAUCACUUGCUAUUGUAAGGCAGGGGAUAUUUCAUCUGCUCAGUUACUCUUCGAUCAAAGCCCUAUCAAAGAUGUGAUUUCGUGGAAUACAAUGAUUGAUGGUUACUGUAAAGCUGGACAAUUGGGAAAGGCGGAAGAGUUGUUUUCUAGGGUAGGGGCUGAUAAGAAUGCAGUUACAUGGAAUACAAUGAUCACAGGAUACGUUCACUGUCUAGAAUAUAGAAAAGCCAUUGAUUUGUUUCCAGAGAUGCAGGCUGAAAAAGUGAUGCCCACAGAUGUAACAAUGAUUAGUUUGUUAGCCGCUUGUGCUCAUCUGGGUGCUUUAGAAAUGGGUGAUUGGAUUCAUGGGUUUAUCAGGAGGAAAAGAUUGAGAGUGGAUGUUGUUCUAGGUAAUGCUUUGAUAGAUAUGUACUGGAAGUGUGGUUGUAUAGAAGCUGCCCUGGAUGUCUUUCAUCGUCUUGAAGUUAAAAAUGUUUUCUGCUGGAAUUCUAUUAUUAUUGGCCUAGGAAUGAAUGGGUUAGGGAGGGAAGCCAUAGAUAUGUUUGUUGCCAUGGAAUUAAAUGGGUUAAAACCAGAUGGCAUUACCUUUAUUGGACUUAUAUGUGCCUGUAGCCAUGCUGGGUUGGUUCCACAAGGCCGGCAUUACUUCUCACGUAUGCAUAGCUUUUAUGGUGUUGAACCUACAAUUGAACAUUAUGGCUGUAUGGUUGAUCUUUUAGGUCGGGCCGGAUUCCUCCAAGAAGCACUAGUACUAGUGAAGACCAUGCCAAUGAAGUCUAAUGCUGUGAUAUGGGGAAGUCUUCUCCGAGCAUGUCAAAUGCAUAAAGAUACCGAAAUGAGUGAGAAGGUAACCCAUAAUCUCUUAGAAUUGGACCCGCUUGAUGGAGGAAACUAUGUGUUUUUGUCAAAUAUCUAUGCAUCAGAAAAGCGCUGGAAUGAUGUAAAUGUAUGCCGGAAGCUGAUGAUGGAUAGAGGAGUGCGGAAAAAACCUGGAUAUAGCUCAGUGGAGGUGGACAAUGUAGUACACAAGUUUUUAUCAGGGGACAUAUCGCAUCCUCAGUCCCAUGAUAUUCACGCAUUCCUGGAAGAUGCUGGACGGAAAUUGCAAGCUCAUGGAUACGAGCCAGACACAACUCCAGUCCUCCAUGACAUUGAGGAUGAAGAGAAAGAGACUGCGGUGAAGUACCACAGUGAGAGAUUAGCUGUUGCUUUUGCACUUAUGAAUACGGCACCAGGAAAGACAAUCCGUGUUGUGAAGAAUCUCAGAACAUGUAAUGAUUGCCACUUAGCCUUUAAGAUCACUUCCAAGGUAUUUCAGAGAGAGAUCAUAGUACGGGACCGAAAUCGUUUCCACCAUUUCAAAGAUGGAGUUUGCUCUUGCAAGGAUUACUGGUGAUCAGAUGAUUUUUUCCAACUUGAACACCAUUCUUUCAUGGAAGACACCCAUAACAAAAGGAUUUUGUCGGUUAGUUACAUUUGACAUCUUCAAGCUGUCAGGAUACCGUGAAUUUUUUUUCCUUUUCAGGAAGUGUUCAAGUUAAUGUCAAAAUAGCUAUCUUUCUGUCAUCAUUCAGGGCCAAGUAAGUGUCCACCAUACUGUGCUACUUUUUUUAUCCACCCUCUUGCUCAUGUGCUUCUUAUGUGAGUUAAGUAUCUGUUAGAUUCUGUUACCAAUAGCAAAUGGAAGUGAUUUGUUAUGCGUUCCCUUGCUUAGAGAACUCAUGAUCUCUAUUCAUGAGAUGUGACAAAAUUUUACACUAAACGCUAGCCAAAUAGAACCCUGAUCAGCAAUGGCCAAUUGCAGUUUAAAACAGGAAACUCUUGACUGGUUGGGAUCGGCAACUACAAGUCUACAAGCCCGGAAAGAUUCAUGUGGUGGCGGGCUGAGUUUGCUUUCAAAAACUUUGACUAAGAAGAACUUUGAAAUCAGUGGCGGGCUUUUCAUAAUAAAAUAAUUCAUUCACUAAUGGUUACCUUGAUCAAAAUUAUAGGCUGAAUAGGCACAGCAUUAAUUGAGAGCUAAGUCACGGGGUUUUGUAGCAUGAGGUAAGCCGUAGUAAUUUGAGUCAAACCCAAACCAUUAAUUUCCACGAAGUUUAAGGAAGAGUUACAUUAAUCUAGAGAAGUCAGACAGAACUCAGAAAUCAGAAUUUAACUCCGCCAUCAACACGUGCCAUUCCCGUCUGAGAUGGCGCCAUCACUCAGCACCAUUAAGCACUUGUUCAGUGGCAAAAUUUGCAGGUUUUCACAUGCGCCCCUAACGCCCCUACCGCCAUUCCAAAUUUCCAAUUUGAUUUUUGAACCAUUAUUUAUAAACGCACAUCAUGGCGAAAAUAUGCACCUAUGAUGAGGAGGGGUCAUGGACUCAUGGGAGAAAAAGGAAUCACAAGGCAAAUAGUGGACUAUAAAAAUGUCAAAAAAAAAUCUGUCUUGGGAAUCUAACAGUAUAUAAAACACAAAUGCCUAUCUGGGCUCAACUCAGUGUAUCUGACUGAAGUAGUUCUUAUUAGUAUUUAGUUACUCCAUAUACUCUGUUCUUCUCCAAAGCUUAUUUUCUUCAUUUCAUUUUGACAAAAGGAUGAACAAGAAUAUCGUCUCCGAUGUGGCCAUAAAAGCCGUCAAAGUCCGGUCUCAGCCGCCUCCGGAGAAAAGAUCAUCUUCUAUUUCCAGGCGUUUGUCAAGGCAAGAAUCCACAAGGAGCAACUCCGGGAGUGAAAUCUUCUACGGGGAUUCCCCUGUUUCUAUCCCAUUCAGGUGGGAAUCUACUCCGGGGACCCCUAAAGUUGACUUGGGCGAAAGGAGGCCAAUGCCGCCUCUUACUCCGCCGCCGUCGUACCUUUCUAGUCCGGCCAGGCUGUCGGUGAAGAAGCACCAUUCAGAGGCAGGGGAUAUUUACACCAGAUUUAGUCAUAGCAGCAGCAAUAAUAAUAACAGUACUGGGAUCUUCCAUCAUGUUCUGCCUAAGCUGAAUUUGAAGAAGAAAAGCAAUUCAAAUUCAUCUUCCUCCUUGUCUUACUCCUCCUCCUCGUCUUCCUCGUCGGUGUCUUCCUCGCCGUGGUCUUCUGCCCGGUCAACCCCUUCAACUCCGGAACCUGCCGGCGGUCCACGCCGGAAGUUGGCGUAUCAUUUGAGAAGGAAAGAAGAAGACGAGGAAGAAGAAGAAGAAGAAGAAGGUGAUUGUGAAGAAUCCCAUAUGGGAAAUCUGUGCUUUGGAAUCCCUGGACGUAAUCAUUCCUCCAAACGCGGCUGCUCUGCUAAUUUCAUCAAGUUAUUACUUAAACAACAUGCAUGAAAACAGAAUUCAUGGGAGAAUUCAACGGAAAUGUUGACCUUGUAAAGCAGCACUAUCUUUUUUUUUGAGUUGUUUAGAAUUACUGCUAAUGUUUUUGUUUCAAUUAAUCAAGUUUUGCGUUGGGAAAAAGUUGCUAAAUUUAGUCAAUUGAGUUUUCUAUCAAGAUUUAGGAUCAGAGACUAUCUUGGUUUCAACAUGUAGCUUGGCUGCUCUGUAAUGCAUUAAUCUAUUUUAACUUUUCUCUGGGGAACAUUUUCAAGCUCAAAUGCCUGCUUGAAGUAUCAUUUUUUUUUCCGAUCCUGUUUAACCCAAAU